AUGGCAGGAGGUUGCUGGUUCCAGUUUGCCACAGAGGUCGCGCCACCGACGAUCAUCCCGGUCGAGAAGCUGAAGGUGCCAAAGGUGCUGGAAACAAUCGAGGAAGAGGAUGCCGAAUCUAUCGAGAGGGAGGGUCCUUUCUUAAGAAAGACAAUGGCCGACUCCAAUGUGGCAGUGCAGGAGAAGGCGCUUGAUUUCACCUUCUGCGGGAAGUCAGCUAAUGCUUAUAGCAAAUCAAUCUCCGCUUGGUGGAUAUGCGACAGCGAUUGGGGCCUUCAAGGUCGCGUUUUUCUUCCUCGGCGUGCUAUUCGUCGGCGCAGCCGCAGGUGCUUUGGCCUCCCCCCCCUUUCCCCCCGGGGACUCCGGGCGGCCCACCUCUCCUGGAUCCGGCCGCCGCACCUCUUCAUCACUGUCCACUUCAUCAUCCUCGUCAAUUGGAAGCUCUCUGAUCAGAAGCAACAACGUGAGCAAUGGUCCGCGGAGGAGUUUGGGGAUCCCGAAAUGGUCAAAUCUUUCGACAAUUCGCGUUCUUCAAACAUCAAUCGUAAGCCCUCCCCGGACAUCUGGAGCGACGAGAUUUCACAAUCUGCGUCGCCUGAUCUCGCUGAGUCGUCCCAGUCCUACGCGUCCUGCCUCACCAUUGACUCCGUCGAGAGAUCCAGUGCCUCUUCUGUGUCUUCAAUCAAGAAGAGUGCCGAACCGGAGUCCGAUAGAGGAACUACAGUUGAGGAAGAGGAAGACUUGGCCACUGCAAUCGCCGGCGUAGAAAACGACUCGAUGGAGGUGACUUGGAAGGCGAUAAUUGACAAGCCGUCUCGGACAGCUGCCCCGCCUUCAGAGGUGGCGUCGCCUUCCCCAUCGCGCCGGGACUAUAGGCGAGUAGAUCCGCUUCCACCACCGGUAGGUCAUGCUGAGUUGACCCAGCGAUUCGACGAGUUCAUCAAGAAAAACCACCAGAAGAUCCAGUUCCACACUAGCCGACGCCGGUAGUUGAAGAGUGAUCAUCUUCUCUCCUUCGACUCAGUAAAAGCUUUCUACUGGAAGGAGGGCUGCCUCUCUGAACUGGUGUUGCUGAUAAGAUUGGCUAGUGACUCGAGGUGAUCGACGAGGUGUUUGAUAGCAUUGAGAAUCAUCUUUCAAUCUUUUGCUCGGGUACUAUUCUCUUAAUAGUUUUGUUUACUAAUGUUACAAGAUUAUUUCCUGCCAUUGUUCAGAGUUCAUGUGGAAUACUGUGUUUGUCGAUAUUUAGCUCGUUUAGUUUGUGAUUUAAAUUAAGUUGGAGGACCAACAAACUUGUAUUCCAUUUUAUUACCUAAAUAUUUGUUCCAUUGACCUAAUGUUCAUGGUUUUGUGAUGCCCUUUGUUGCAAAGCCAAAAGAGUAGUCUUCGUGAACAGU